CUUUUUCUCAAUAUUUUUGUCUCAUCGGCAAUUGUGGCGCUUCUUGAUAACUGCUUUGUCAUCUUCUAGAAAGAAAUAAAUGGAUAGACUACGAGAGAGAGUAAAGAGGUACUAGAAAUCAGUAGAAUAUUGUUGACAGAAAGGGAACAACAAUUUCAAUCGGCCAGAAGAUAAUCUGAGAAGGGCCAGGGGAAAAAAGGUGUUUGUCAAGUGGAUAGCAUUAAAGGGUACACAAGCCUCUUAUGGGUGGCUCAGAUGAUAGUGUUGCCAUGAUGGGAGAUAGUUUCCCGCUCGACUCUCUUCCAAGAACACUCUUUUCAUCAAUGACGAAUGACAAAUUAGAAUCACAGUCAGGCUUCAAUUGUGAAAAUCAAUUCGCUCCCCCUUUUCCAGCUCAGCCUGGCGUGGAGGUUAGUAAAAAUGAUGCUAGCAACUCAAAUGCACUGCCUGCAGCAAAACCGAGCUCUGUGGGAGGUCUUGCAGAGAGGAUGGCAGCUCGAGCUGGUUUUAGUGCCCCACCAAGACUGAAUACGGAAGCCAUUAAACCACCGAAGCUCCAGUCUCCUUAUUUGACUAUUCCUUCUGGGCUUAGCCCAACCUCUCUGCUUGAGUCUCCCGUUUUUCUCUCUAAUUCAAUGGUUCAGCCAUCUCCUACAACUGGAAAAUUUCAGUUCGUCUCGAGCAGAAACAAUCAGGACUCAACUCUAACAGCAGAUAAUCAUAAUAACGUCAAGGAGAACACUUUUGGAGACCCGUCAUUCGCCUUUAAACCCAUUUUUGAAUCUGCUCCAUUCACUUAUCUCGACGCAGAAAAUAAAUUGUUCUCUACUGCUGAUGAGAGUCAAAUGAUAGAAGACCCUCUUAAUUCUCAACCGAACAAGAACGGCCUUCUUUUCAAUCAGUCAAAUUUCUCAAAUCCAGAUAAUAUCGACUGUCCUAUUUAUCUACCCGAUAAUUCUUCUCCACCACCCGAUGAACACGAAAAUGUGGAUCAAAGAACCAGUGAGGACCCCACUUCAAGCGAGGACGGUUACAGCUGGCGAAAAUACGGGCAGAAGCACGUGAAAGGAAGCGAAUACCCCCGAAGCUACUACAAGUGCACACACCAAAACUGCCAGGUAAAGAAGAAAGUCGAGCGGUCCCACGAGGGCCACGUCACCGAGAUUAUCUAUAAAGGGGCCCACAAUCAUCCGAAACCUCCGCCAGCUCGCCGCUCAGGACUUGGCUCAAAUGGUGAUCCCGUUUGGUCUGCGAUGGAAAGGGCGAAUUUUGCGGGAAUCCCUGAAUGGAAACCGAACAACCUCGAGCAGACAUCCUCUUUGCAGUUGGGAUGGGAGUAUAAUAGCAAUCUGGCCCAAGGAGGAGCCCAAUGCGAGUUAACAGAAGGCGUAGAGGACUCGUCGACUUUAUCGAAUAAGGAGGAAAGUGAUGGAGUGACGCACGGGAGUGUAUCGGUCGGGAAUGAUGGCGAAUUAGAUGAGUCUGAAUCUAAGAGAAGGAGGAUGGAAACUUAUGCUCAAGAGGUGUGUGGGGCAACGAGAGCCAUACGGGAGCCGAGAGUUGUGGUCCAAACGACAAGUGAUGUGGACAUUCUUGACGAUGGGUAUCGUUGGCGUAAGUAUGGUCAAAAGGUCGUGAAGGGAAACCCAAAUCCAAGGAGCUACUACAAGUGCACUAGCCCGGGGUGUAACGUCCGUAAACAUGUGGAACGGGCUUCUCACGACCUCAAAUCAGUAAUAACGACGUACGAGGGCAAGCACAACCACAAUGUCCCUACAGCUCGAAACAGUGGCAGUGUGAACUCAGGAGGCCCAAACACUCAACAAGCCCAUAAUGCUACAAAUCAUAUAGCCCGGCCAGAGCCCGGCCCGAUUCGCGGCAGGGCAGCAUGGCUUGGGAGGCCGCCUUUGACUUCAUUCGGUCUGCUGGGCCAGCCACAGGUGCUGCGCCCUGGAUUUGGAUUUGGGAUGAGUCAGCCCGGCCCAGUUAGUCAGGGAUUGGGCCUCUACACUGGAAACCACCAGCCUUGUCUAGCAAAUGAAAUGGGUUAUAUGAUGAUGCCGAAAGAGGAGCUGAAGAUGGAGCCUGUGAUGGAUUCUGGUUUGAACUCGGCUGUGGGGUUCUCGGCAUAUCAGCAGCUUAUGGGUCGACUGCCGCUUGGACCACAGAUGUAAAUCUUUGGAAGUUUUUCAAGUCGUAAUACUAAACAGUGUUGAGAUGGGCUCAUUAUAUAGAACUCUUUUAAGUUUUAACUAUGGGUGUUUUACUGGGAGUUGAUAAACUAAUAGCUAUUGUUCAUUCUUUAGUUAUUUCUCUUAGGAAAUAAGGUGAAGUUUUGCUGGAGACACUGCUGAGUUUUUUUUCAAAAAGAAAAAAACUGGUUUCUGCUUUAAUCUGGUUUUGGUGAAGCAUCCAAGCAGAGCCGUG